AACCCCCAAUCUAAAGUCGUCGUAACCGAUGCAUAUGCUGUACCUUCACUGAGAAACGCUGCUAUUGGAGACAGAUUUCAGUUUGAAAGACUAGGCUACUUUGUGGUUGACAAGGACUCAUCUCCGGGAAAGCUCGUCUUUAAUCGGACUGUUACCUUGAGAGAUAGUUACAGUAAAGGAGGGAAGUAAUGAAGAUGACCCAAUAGUUUGACUAUAUAUAUCUCUCCUGUAUUAAUACGAAUUAUCACUUCACUUACUGAAGAUCACUGGUAAUUAAACAGAAUUUGCUAUAAUUCCAGUUUCAGAUAUAUAUAUAUAUAUGUAUAUAUACAGGUCAUGUGUCACUUAUAAUUUACUUUUUUGUUGCCGGUUGAUUGACAGUCAUUGUAAAAAUAUUUUUAUAGUAAACAAAAAUACUUGUGAGAAAUUGUUU